AUGGAGUCCUCGAUGGAACUCAACGGAGACGCCUCUCCACCACUUUUGCCGGUGACAGAAGGUGCCGCGUCCUGGACAACCUCCCAGGGCGACGACAACGAGGGUGGUAUCGGCACAUUGGAUGAUGACGCGGACAUGCAGGACUCGGACCCCGAUACAACCGACAACUAUGAUCCCGAACUGGGCGACGGACAAGAUCUCGAUGAUGAAGAAGACGACCUGGAGACAAAGAUGGACGAGCUAUAUCACCAACUUCAAGUCGAAACCAAAGCCAAGGAGUCUGCCGAGAGUCUGCUGGAAGUUUACAGAAGCAAGGACGUGGGGGCCACAGGGAACAACAAACUCAGGAACCAGGUCGAACAGGAACUACAGGCUACCAUUGAGCGGUUAUCAGACCUCAAUGCCCAGCUCGAUUACUACAAACAGCGCGCUUUUGACCCUCCAUCGUUUGGAUAUGUGCCCGAGCAGGUGCUGAAAGAAUCCCAACAAUCUUUCCCAGUGAUAACAGGAAGGAGUCACUCCAACUCGUUCUCAACCAGUGACUAUGCCGACAAUGAAGACGACCGGCAAAGCAUACACUCUCAAUUGGGCGACAUUAUCAGUUCACUAUGGAGUCUUUUGGAUUCGCCUUCAGUUCGGCUUGAGAACCUAUCCAACCUCGUCAACAUCUUGAAACAAAACCUUCACAUUCAUCCCGGAUACCCUUUACAGGAACUUGUCGGAUGUACUGUCAGGGAGAUCCGCCUAAACGCGUAUCGGUGUCUUCGACUGCUUUCAGGAGCAGGUCCUCUAGGUCCGAUCUUGACUUAUCACAAGGUCGACAUUUUUAUCGUCAGGUCACUCAUGGCAGAUCACCGGUUGGAAUCAGAAAGGAUCGAGGCGCUCAAGCUUGUACGGUGUUUUGUGACGACCAAGGAGGGCAUGCAGCACGUUUCGGACAGUGUAUUACGGGCCGUUAUCGCGAUUGCGGAGCAGACGGACGAAAAACUCAGGAAUGCCUGCCUGGAGACACUGGGCGAGAUGAUCAUGUCUGAUCCUAAACCAGUGGCUCGCUGUGGUGGAUUCAGAGCUGUUCUAAUGGCAUUGUCGGAUAACUUGCAGGACCUAUCGGACGCCUUGUUGAAAGUCUUUUUGUACAUGUUGGAGAGUCCGGAGACAAGGGGUUACGUUCGUCAGGGACUUGACUCUGAGAUGGUGAUGGCGGUUUUCACGGAUAUUUACUCUCUUGGACCUGCAUAUCUGGACCGAGUCAAAGCAUCUAGCCGCAUUGUUACGUCCAUGGUCCGGUCUUGGGCUGGCUUGUUUGAUCUCUGCGCCAACGACCGCCGAGCUGUCCGGUCAUUGAUUCAGUCCAUCAAACUGCCAAUCCAAGAAAACAGAAAAGUGCUUUUGGACAUGCUGUACGAUAUUUUCCGGAUUCAGACUCCGAGAUGGCUGAAGGAUUUUCUUGACGGGAAGAGUAGUAAGUUGGAGAGCCUGGAUGCCUGGAUGACCUUGAUAUCGCUGAUUGUGGACGACACGCUUGCAAAGACAACACAUACGGAUGCCAGGAAGGUCCUGAGGAAGGCGACGCUUCUGAUCCCUGAGCUCAUGCAGCUCUCCCACAAAGUGUUGCCUCCACACAAGAGCACCUAUCUCCAGACGUUGCCGUCAUUGUUCAAGGUCGCCUCCAACUUUGAGGACCAAAUUCUUCGCCACGUUGCCACCAACGCUUUUCGGUUCAUUGAUACUCUCUGUAGGACCACUUUCAGUUCUAUUCCAGAAAGCCUGGAUGAUGGUCGUGGACAGAGGAACGUGGAUCGGAUAAAGCAAAGGAUCAACACGCAGAUGGAUGAAGCCAACUUUAGAACGCUCUUAAACGACACGCAGGUUCUCGCUACCAAGGAUGUCUCCAAGUGGCGGUGGGAUAUGAUUCUAGAGAUCAUUCAAGGUCCCAUGGUUAGCCCACGGAGAAUGGAUGAGGCGAUCAGAGGCACAAAGUUUACCAAGCGGCUACUCGCCUUUUACAGGCCACUCAACCAUCGCUAUUCCAGUCAGCCAGCCUAUGAUUACAACCACAAGUACACGAAAAUAGGAUGUGCGCUUUUUGAUACCCUCGCCAAUUCAACGGAAGGAACCAAGUACCUGGCUCAGAAUAAGAUCUUGCGGCUCAUUGCCGACGGUCUCGCUCAACUGGACCCUAUGCAAGGGCAUCCAGGAUCGGACCCUAUUUUCUCAAAAGAGAAAAUGGAGACGACCAUGACCUCCGGAUACUUUGAGAUGCUCGGCACCCUAUGCAGGACACGGAGUGGUUGCAGGUUGCUGGAAAAGUUCAAAAUAUUCAACCUGUACUACCGACUCUCCGAGUUGAGGAGUCGCGACGACAUUGUCAAGAAGAUCAUCACCUCCACAGACUAUAGCAUGGAUGGUCAUCCACGAGUUAUUCUAUCCAAGAUCAUGACUUCUGGGUACAAGCACAUUCGUCUCUUUGCGACACAGCAUCUCGGAACAGUUUUGAAAAUUGAACGUGGGGAGUCAAGCGACUGGGGUAUCCGGCUCCUGUACACCCAGCUCUGCGAUCCAUCGUCAGAUGUCUCCCACAUGGCUGUUCGAGCACUUGACGAUGCUUGCUCUCACCACAAAAACCUGGAUCUACUCAUUCGACUUCGGCCAAAUUUGGAUCAUCUAGGAGAAGCGGGAAGCCCACUUUUACUACGAUUCCUUUCGACAUCCAAGGGGUUUCAACAUCUUCAUGAUAUUUCCUAUAUCGAAGGAGAGAUGGACGAGUGGUUUAUGUUUGCCAACAGGCAAUAUAUGAUUCAGACAGAGGUGAAGCUGGCAAAGGCAAUGGAACUUCAGCGUUACAACGCAUUCUCCGAGGAUGGCAGGUUUGAGAACGAAACAGAGCACCAGCUAGCUCGGGCGAAGCAAGUGCUAGGAUCCCACUUUUAUGGCGAGCUGACAAAGACAGAGGAAGGAUGCCAGCUGCUGCGUGCAAAGGGGCAUUUCUCGGACUAUGCUCGCUACAUCCGCGAACACUGCGCCGAGUCCAAGGACCCAAACAUCAUCGGCGAACUCAAGUCUAUUCUAUGGGCAGUGGGUAAUAUUGGAUCCACACCAGGAGGUCUACCGUUCCUGGAGGAUGAAGACCUUAUCAAGUACAUUGUAGGCAUGGCCGAGAGAUCCAAAAUCCUCUCCAUCAAAGGAACAUGCUUCUAUGUACUAGGCUUAUUGUGCAAGACGACGCACGGUGUCGAGAUACUUGAAGAUUAUGGCUGGCAGGGCAUAUUGCACUUGGACCGUUCGCCCCGAGGUCUGUGCUUGCCUAAGGAUCUUGGCCGGUUUCUGGAGGUGCCGCGGUGGGCGUUGUUCAAGGAAGAUAUACCCAAGCUGGUGCUAUCGUUGACGACAGAAGGAAACGCAGUGGAGAAGGAGAUUCUACGAGCGACUGGAGAACUCGGCAACCAUAUCCUCACCAACGGCGCGUCCAAAAACCUCGCAAAAAUCAAAUCGGAGCAUCCAAACGCCUUCACCAGUCUUGCAUUGUACACCAACGUUCUCGACAUGUUGGCACACUACCAUUUCAGGUUGCCCGUUCGCCGAUUCAUCCUGGGGCUCUUUGACGUCAAGUUUGAGGGCACGCAGUGGGAUCGCUUGGAUGGAUUUGGAGAGUGCAUUGCAGAGUCAAAGACGAAAGCUGGAACACCUUCGGGAACUUCUUCGACGGUAUUCACCUUUGGCAAACGGAGUGCAAGCGCUAGCGCUGUAUCUGGUACAACGACUCCGUAUGGACUGCCAUCAGGGUCACACUACUCGUCAGAAGCGAGGUCGGCUGCGGCAGUCAAUCGGCGUGUCAUGACCACACCCUUGCUUUCUUAUAGAAACUCGGAGAGUGGAUCCUCGCAGAUCUACCAACGCCUGGAUGAUUCGCCCACUGGAAUGCAGUCGUCGCCUCCGGUUGCCAACGACACGGGAUUGUUCAAAGGAACUCUAGCCGAACGGAAGCUCAGACAGCCGCCACUGCCUAUCAGUACCUCAGCAUUGCUCUCAAGUCCUGGACGAGUGGGUGCUUACCAGAGCGGGGUGACGUCGCCCAUCUCGGUCGACUCACCCAUCGCACAGGAGCAACAGCGGGAUGUACCCGUUGCGGUAUCCAGCCCAACUGCCAAAGCCCCUGAUACCCCUGAACCUCCUCAGGAGACGGAUCGUACGAUGGCGUCAGUAUCCAGGGCACUUUUGCGUCUGGACACUUCUCUCUCAGUAGCGACAGCAGGUCAGACAGAGUCUCAAGAGCUGUCGCCCGAGUUGGCACUCUUGUCCGUCACGUCCGAUUCUCCACGGACGCCGUUGGAUGCCUCGUUACCACAAACACUGGUCGAGGCUCAUACAAAUGGCGGACCACUAUCGGGAGGAUUGGAGCAACCUUCGCCAGUCGUUGCUCUUGGCUCGCCCAUGUAUACACCAUCUCUCCCUCCACCUCCGCCACCUCGCCCGCCGCCUCAUGCCUAUGAGAUUCUUUAUACCAACAAGCCCUACCACAAGAAUUUCGCCAAGGAAGCAGGGCUUGCCCCACUGCCACCCAGAGUCAAGACCGAGAUGUUUGCCGCAGAGGAGGACGACAAGGAAGACAGGAAACGAUGGCCUGCUCUGGGCGGAUCGUUACAGGAGAACCCAAUACCACAGAUAGCGACCCCCCCGCCAACAAACAGUCGGCACGGAGCGACCAAAGUUGUGAUUGGAUUCAACCCACCACCGCCUCCUCCCAAGGCUCUGCCCAACUUUGCCAACUUUAUGAGCUCCAGGCCACGUCGGCAGUAUAAUGCAGCUAUUCUGGCCGCCCACUCUGCCAACAGCAGCAACAGCACCAGUACGCCUGCAUCAACUAAUCCACCAGCCACUUCUGCUACGACUUCAAAUACGACGACUGGGAUGCAUGCACCCUUACCCGACUUUUCACACUUGCCGCAGACUCGGAGGAAACGACCACCAUUGGCUCCGCUCUUGGCAGGCAGGAUCCAGGCUCCAGUGGCGAUAAAAUCGAUUGUCAGUCGGUCACGGUCGUCGACCUUGACGGGUAUUCUGGAAGGCGAUCCUGACGAGACUACCUCAGAAGAGUUCAGGAAGGCUGAUCAGCCCACAAACCAUGUUGCACUUGGAUCACCUCUGAUGCAGGAUAGUGGUGCUGAAUGGUCGUCGUCGUCGGGUGGGCCUGCGCGUACGCCGUCGUCUCCAUUGUUUGUCAAGGACCAAGCUCUUUCGAGGUCCAGGGCGGGUUCGUUGACAGAGAACGGAUAUGGGUCUCAUGGAUCUGUACCGUCUAUUCGUCAUCAGCAGGGGAUGGGAUCCCCUGACUUGCGUCUGGAGAACGGAUCUCGGUCUCCGGCGUUUCUUCCACCUCCACCACCUCUCAUGCCACUUACUGGAGCUCUCAAACCACGCAGACUCAGUGAUGUACAAGCGUCCAGCAGGAUUGGCGGGAUCACAUCCUCAGGAGGGUCCAAGAGCGACAUGAGCAAUUCUCGAGUGAUGAUGGCCUCUGGUCCAGGAGGAGGAGGAGGUUCGAAAUCUGCACAAAGCAGUCCUCGACUUGGAAGUAUACCUUUCCCAAGACCGCCACCUGUCCUGGCAAACGUCGAGUCUUCCUUCCAGCGCAUGUCACCUCUGGCAAAUGUCCCUCCACCGUCACAGGUGAUUGCUCCUGCUGCUCCUUCUCCGGCUGCGCUUGCUUAUUCUCCAUCCAAUGGCAGUCCCCUUGCUCUUCCUCGAACAGCGACAGCACCAACAACGACAUUGACGACAACGACAACGUCUAGCUCUUCAGAGUCGAGAGAGAGUUCACAGAAUGAAGGCAAUAGUCCGGCGUCGGCAAGCGCGAUUCAAAAGUCGGCGAUCAUUGGCCUUGGUCUCAGCUGA